AUGAGUGAUGCUCAAUACGCGCCCCUUUCUUUGACUUUAGUGAAAACGCUGACCGACAAAUUGUAUGACAAAAGAAAAGCUGCUGCUUUGGAUGUAGAAAAAAUCGUUCGCGAUCUCUAUGCAUCAAAUCAACUGUCCCAAGUCGAGAAAGUGCUGUCAGUGUUGCGAGAAUUGGUGCUAGCAAAUGUUGGAAACACGCGGAAAGGAGGACUCAUUGGAAUGGCGGCUGCAGCGAUUGCACUGGCAAAGAACGCAGGCAACUACUCCUCGCAACUGAUCGAACCGGUUCUCGACUGCUUCAACGAUCCCGAUCUCCAAGUUCGAUACUAUGCUUGUGAAAGCCUCUACAAUAUCAUCAAAAUGUGUAAAGCGGCUUGUUUGGAUCAUUUUGAGCAGAUUUUCGAUGUACUAUGGAAACUUUCUGCGGACACCGAGCAAAAUGUGAGAGGAGCGGCUGAGUUAUUGGAUAGACAAGUGAUGGACAUUGUCUGCUCGAAGAACGAUUUCGACGUCGCGAUGUUGAUGUGCUUGAUUCGUGGACGAAUCUACGUGCAAGUGUCAUCGAAUCGAAGAUUUCUAGUGCAAUGGCUGAACAUUCUACUCAACACUCCCACCUUCUCUUGUCUCCCCUUUUUGUCGGAAGUGAUCGAUGGAUUGUUUAAAAUGCUUGGUGAUCCACAAGGAGCCGUUAGGGAAAGCACGGAAACGGUGAUGGAGGAAUUUCUGCUGGGAAUCAAGAAAAAGCCUGAGGCUAUUAGUGAGAACGAUCUAUCAACAGUGAUCAAUGUUGUUUGUGUCCAUGCGCACAUUGACGAGCCUCCAUUAUCACGAAAAGUGGCACUAAUUUGGAUGAACGAGUUAAGCAAAUUGUACGGCUCCCGUCUAGUCCCCCAACUCUCCGUCUGUCUCAAAGCUAUUUUACCAGUGUUGUACAGUGAGGCGAGCAUUGCCCGUCAAGUGAACGAGUCCCUUUUGGGGAUCAUCUCGCCGGAUGCUGAGAUGGAUAUGGGUGAUGUGGUUCAAAACCUCCUUCAAUUCCUCGGUCAUCAACAACGAGAGACUCGCCUCGCCUCACUAAAUUGGAUCCGCCAUCUCCACGAAAAACAACCGAAUAAGCUAUUCACCCAUAUGGAGACGAUCUUUCCCCAAUUGCUCUCGUCACUCUCUGAUUCUUCUGAUGAAGUGUUGCUCCUCGAUUUGCACUUAUUGUCUGAUCUAUGCUCUCACAAAGAUGGUAAUGUGAGCGAGAUACUUGGAAUCGAUGCGGAAACAAGGAAAGAGUUAACUGGCUUGUCACAACUUUUAAUCAAAUUCGCUCUUUCACUCAUCAAUAUGUUCCGAAAAGAUAGUCAAUUAUUGAGUGAACGAGGAGUACUCAUCAUACGUCAAUUGUGUCUUCUCAUCGAACCGGCUGAUAUCUAUCGAUGUCUAUGUGUAUUGUUGUUGAAUGAGGAUGGAGUAUCGUUUGUGCAAAGUGUCGUCUCAAUUCUUCACUCUGUUCUCAUGACUUCUACUGAGCUCUUCUUGAUGAGAGAUCGAUUGAGGAAAAUGGAAGAUCAACCAACUGCUCACCUCUUCUCGACAAUCUAUCGUUGUUGGGCUGUUCGUCCUGUUUGUCUGCUUGGUCUCUGUCUUCUCACUCAACAAUAUGCACAUGCUGCUGAAUUGGUUCACUUCUUGUCACAGAUUGAUGUGACAGUGGAUGUUCUCGUCGAAGUGGAUAAACUCGUGAAUCUGAUUGAGAGUCCGAUUCUUGCUUUUGUACGAAUGGACCUCCUUCGUGCUCAACACCGUGAACCCCUUUGCGAUGUGCUUUCAGCCCUCCUCAUGCUCCUACCACAGACCGAAGCUUUCCACACCCUCCACAAACGAAUUCAAGCCAUCCCACCAUUCUCCACUUUCAAAUCCGAGCCUUCACCCCCAGCGAAACCAUUCUUGGAUCUCGACUCGCUGAAAACGAUUUUCUGUGAUUCACUGCAAAAACAGCAAAGAGAGGUUCGUGAACGUCACCGUAAAGUUCUUCUAAACAGUGUGCUGAAUGAUCGGAUUAAG